GCUAAUCACAAUCUCUACCAUGAGCAGCGUAGUCCAGAAUCCCUAUAUCAGCCGAACACCAACAUCUCGGAUGCCCAAACCUGGGACCAGUGGAGGGGUGGCACCUGGAGGUCGAGACAGUAAUGGAAUUUAUCGAAGCGGUAGCAUCAGCAGUGGAACUGGAGUGUCUGGCAAGAUACUUUCCCUGUCAUCAAUGAGUGAGAGUGUGCACAGUGGCCUAAGCUGUUUGUUGUCAGAGCAAGCAAUGGAGCAGGAAGAAAAGCAACAGCGCAGUCGCCACGUAGCAGAUUAUCAGCGCCUGAGAGAAGUUCGUGCAGCUGCUCAGCUCAAAAAUCUCGAGGACUUCCUUAGGAUGAACCACAUUUCACUUAGGGACAGUGUGUCUUACACCACUGGCAUGAUUUACAGAAAUCUUGGUAAAUCAGGGCUCAGAGUAUCCUGCCUUGGAUUAGGAACUUGGGUUACCUUUGGAGGUCAGGUCACAGAUGAGGUGGCAGAAGAACUCAUGACAAUAGCAUACGAGAAUGGAAUCAACUUGUUUGACACAGCUGAAGUCUAUAACUCUGGAAAAGCUGAAGCUGUCUUGGGAAGUAUCCUAAAAAAGAAAGGAUGGAGGCGCUCCAGUUUAGUUAUCACCACCAAAAUCUUCUGGGGUGGAAAAGCAGAAAUGGAGAGAGGAUUAUCUAGAAAACAUAUACUUGAAGGUCUGAAAGCAUCACUUGACAGGCUUCAGCUGGAGUAUGUAGACAUCGUUUUUGCGAAUCGACCAGAUCCCAAUACACCUAUUGAAGAGACAGUAAGAGCAAUGACCUAUGUGAUCAACCAAGGCAUGUCCAUGUACUGGGGUACAUCACGAUGGACCUCAAUGGAGAUCAUGGAGGCAUACUCCGUGGCACGACAGUUCAACAUGAUCCCUCCAAUUUGUGAACAGGCAGAGUACCACAUGUUCCAAAGAGAAAAGGUUGAAGUGCACCUUCCUGAACUCUUCCACAAGAUAGGCAUUGGAGCUAUGACAUGGUGUCCACUGGCUUGUGGGAUCAUCUCAGGGAAAUAUAACAAUGGAAUCCCUCCUUAUUCACGUGCUUCACUUAAGGGUUAUCAAUGGCUAAAAGACAAGAUCCUAAACGAGGAGGGGCACCGCCAGCAGGUGAAGCUAAAGGAGUUGCAGGCAGUUGCUGAAAGAAUAGACUGCACUCUUCCCCAACUGGCUAUUGCCUGGUGCCUUAGAAAUGAAAGGGUAAAUUCUGUCCUGUUGGGAGCUUCCAGAACUGACCAACUGAUGGAGAAUAUCAGAGCAAUACAGGUUCUUCCAAAGAUGACCCUUUCCAUCGUGUCUGAGAUGGAUUGCAUCUUGGGAAACAAGCCAUAUAAUAAAUAGGAACUGAGGUCCUAGAAGUCCCUGAGAUAAACUGAAAAGUUAUACUCACAUGUUGAAAGAGCUGGCAAUAAUAUUAAAAAAUAAAUAAAUCUGGAAACUGUUUUCAAAAAGAUAUAAGCAAGUAAAAUGUUGUGCCAACUUAAUCACUAUUUGCACUUGUUUCCACUUAAUAAAAUGAACUUGAGCAGUAUGGAAUGCCUACUAAAAUAGAUACACUGUUUUGAACUAAGACACUAAUACAUGAAAAAAAUCACCUGCAAUGUAAGUUCGGGUUGAUUCGUACUAAGGAACUGUUUUAAAUGUCAUCAUCUAACUGAGCAUGUAAAAAAAAUUGCUUAAUUUGCAAAAU